AGGUUUAUUUGGUUUCCAAAAUAAAAAAAAGGGCUUACAAAUAUCAGUCAGGGGAAAAUGACUAAGAAUCUAAGAACUGCAACGUCAAUGUAUUCGUCAGUACGGAUGAAGGCAAAACUCUACCCCCCGUCACACUGGAGCCACAAACAGGCUAACUAACUAAGUAGCAUAUUUAAGUAACGUUUUAGCAAUCAUACUGGCACGUGUGGUAAAUACGAAAGUCCUUGAAUGCAGCUACAGUUAUCGCGUGUUUUAAGCUUUCGCGCGAUGUUAUGACGCCAAACACGCGGAAGCUGUUUACGUUACUGGACGUUCAUGGUAGCAUAGCUGGCUUAAUCGCUUCUGGCGAAAACUCCGACUUUUUUCUCAGAUUAAGUGUUACUAAUAGUCAGUUAUAAGGUCUUUUAUGUAACUGAUCAGAAUGGGGAAAGCAGAUUUUCUCUCCCCCAAGGCCAUAGCCAACCGGAUAAAAUCCAAAGGUCUUCAGAAGUUGAGAUGGUAUUGUCAGAUGUGCCAAAAACAAUGCCGAGAUGAGAACGGCUUCAAAUGUCACUGCAUGUCAGAGUCCCACCAGAGGCAGCUGCUGCUGGCCUCAGAAAACCCGAACAAGUUCAUGGACUAUUUCUCCGAUGAGUUCAAAAGCGACUUCCUGGAGCUGCUCAGGAGACGUUUCGGGACCAAACGAGUGCACAACAACAUUGUGUACAAUGAAUACAUCAGCCACAGAGAACACGUCCACAUGAACUCCACUCAGUGGGAGACUCUCACCGACUUCACCAAGUGGCUGGGCAGAGAAGGUUUUUGUAAGGUUGACGAGACGCCCAAAGGCUGGUACAUCCAGUACAUCGACCGCGACCCGGAGACCAUCCGCCGCCAAGAGGAGCAGGCCAGGAAGAAGAAGCACGACCUGGACGACGAGGAGAGGAGCGCCAGGUUCAUCGAGGAGCAGGUCCGCAGAGGCCGCGACGGCAAGGAGUCGGACGAAACUCCGGUCUACACAGAUCUGAAACGUGAGAAUGAAGAAGAAAAAGUUGCUUUCAACCUUGGCGCCUCUUCGUGUGUUGCCGGUCCUUCCAAAUCGAGUUCUGCCCUGGCUGCUAGCGCUCUCAAAUCAGCAGCGUCGUCCACCAAGAGGAAAGACACGUCCUCCAGUUUAGACUCCAGGGAGGAGAAGAAGAAGAAGAAGUCUGCUCUGGAGGAGAUCAUGGAGAUGGAGGAGAAGAAGAAGCAGCAGCAGCAGUCGACCAGAACAGACUACUGGCUGCAGCCUAACAUCGUGGUCAAAGUUGUCACCAAGAGGCUGGGAGAGAAGUACCACAAGAAGAAGGCCGUCAUCAUGGAGGUGCGAGACAAAUACACAGCAGUGGUGAAGAUGAUCGACUCCGGAGACAAACUGAAACUGGACCAGAAUCACGUAGAGACGGUCAUACCUGCACCAGGUAAACGGGUUCUGAUCCUGAACGGGCCGCACAGAGACACGGAGGCUCUGCUGGAGGGAAUAAACGAAAAAGAUUUCAGCGCUACACUCACACUGGACUCUGGUCAGCAGAAGGGGAAGAGAGUGGACGUCGCCUACGAGGACUUCUCAAAACUGGCCUGAACCAACACAGCUUCCUGUUUAAAGCUCAGGCAGUCGUUCAGCUGCGGGACUCUACUGUGUCAGAGUUCAGAGCACUCAAUACCUUUAGGUUAUGGACAGGAAUAACCCAGUACCAGGCAGUGUAAGAACUUCUCCAGUCAGACAGUACCUGUACUGAAUUAUUUUUGUACCCAGAUCAGUUUUGUAUGGUUUUGUUCCCAGCCAAUCACUGCAAGCGUUCUUUGAUUUAAUGUGAUGUGUGAUUGGCCCACAGCAGCAGCAGCAGCAGACACAACCCAUACAGGCUGCGGUGAAGCGGAGUGCGAUGUGUUUGACAGAGUUGGUGGUUCAGUGUGCCGAGAUAUCAAAUGAAAUACUUUACUAGUGUUAGUAUCUGGAAAUGGUACUGACAUCAUUCAUUUGUUAACAAUACCCUGUACACACACACAUCCCAUAAUGCAACUCCUGUGAGGUAUCACGGAGGAACUUAGAUUUGUCUUGUUUUUUUGUUUUUUUUUUUAUUUUGUAUUGAUGUUCAAGUUGAUCUUAACAUUGCAGGUUUUCUCCAAAUAAAUUGAUGAAAAUGA